ACACCGUGUUGUUCAGUUUAUAAACAAACAUUGAAUACGCGCAGUACUUUACGAGGAAACGGAAAAAACUGUUUGAACACUUCAGACCGUAAACUUAUCGUCGUAGUACGCAUCCUCAUACAUCCCCGCAUCCGUACCUAGACGUAAAAGAAAAUGCUUAAGAUCGCCGCCGAGGGAAUAGCGCCACGUCUAGUGGCCUGUUGCUCCAUGGGAGCCACCAGUGCCCAGAGCAGCUGUCAAAGAAUCGCUCCUCAGACGGCCAAGGCCACCCAAAAGUAUUUGUCGCAGUCGCAGAAUCUCCUGAAGAAGCUGGUCAUCAAGGACCACUACGAGUUUGACCAGAAGGUGAUCAACAGCGACAACCCGGUGAUCGUGAACUUCCACGCUGAGUGGUGCGAUCCCUGCAAGAUACUCACGCCUAAGAUGCUCGAGCUGCUGGAGAACUCGAACGAGAUCGACCUGGCUGUGAUCGAUGUGGAGACGAACCUAGAUCUGGUGGAGACCUUCGAGGUGAAGGCCGUGCCCGCUGUGCUGGCCUUCAGGAACGGCGUCGUGGUGGACAAGUUCAUUGGCCUGGUGGACGCCAACAGCAUUGAAACGCUAAUCGACAAAUUGAAGCGGAAGCAACAGCAAAAGCAGUAGCGAAAUUCAAGAAGGAUACGAGUUCUGGGAGGUUACGAUUUUACAUGCAACGCGAGACUGUAACUGCGAUAUAGCCCAAUGCCGAGGCAGGAAAUGCAAUCAUCGAUGCUGAAAGAAUGUGCACAAAAUACUUUAAUAUGCAAUAAAACUAAUCUUAAUUAUGGCUAUUUUUAACUCACA